GAUGUCAUCGAUAUAAGUGCUGUAGGAGUUGCAGCGAAAUGACUGCCCAGCCAGCGACAGCCCGUAUUACUACUAAAAAACAGACACUAGAGGACGCAUAUUCACCUCCAGCGAAUUUCCUAGAGAUAGAUAUUUUAGAUCCUCAAACACAUGGCGUGGAUAAGAAAAGAUAUACGGAUUAUGAAGUCCGUAUGAGAACAAAUUUACCAGUUUUCAAGGUGAAGGAGUCAAGUGUACGGCGACGUUACAGUGAUUUUGAAUGGUUGCGGAAUGAGUUAGAGCGUGACAGCAAGAUUGUGGUACCAGCGAUGCCGGGUAAGGCAUGGAAACGUCAGCUGCCCUUCAGAAGUGAUGAUGGCAUAUUUGAGGAUGAAUUUAUCGAAGAUCGACGAAAAGGACUAGAACAAUUUGUCAACAAGGUUGCUGGACAUCCCUUGGCACAGAAUGAAAGGUGUUUACACAUGUUUCUUCAAGAACAAGUAAUUGACAAGAAUUAUGUUCCUGGCAAAAUCAGAAAUACAUGAUGAGAAAAAAUCUCUCAAAGACUCUUCAAUCUAUUUCAUAUACAUUUCAUGUGUAAAGAAUGCCUGUACCACUUUAGGCAAGUUAUUGUAGUCUUCAAUGUUCUGGUACUGUGACUUCAUGCUGGACCUACCAAAGUGAAACAUUGUCUGUUGUAUAAUAUAACAAUGUAAAUGAAUUUUAGGUUGAUAUAUGCUGCUGUCAGUAUAGUUUGGUUUUCCUUCAAGAUUUUCUAUUCAGUUCAAAACUGGAAUUCAUGCAUGAUAUCUAUGAAUACCAUGGAACAUCUUUGAACAAAAAUCAACUUCUGUUUUAAGAUAAAUGCUCUCUUUAAGGAAAUGUUAAUUUGUUGUUGAAUGGAGAAAAUUGGGAAGGUUUGUAGGAUUUUUUCAACAGUCCAGUUCUCAUAUGAAAUAAUGACGAAGUCUUGAUGAGAUUAGGUACAAUGAUGAUAGCAUGUAGCUAGCAAUAUAAAAUGUAUAUAGGGAUUUACCACCUCUGAUAAAUAUUCACUCACCGUAAUGAUCAGAUAUAUAUCUGAUUAAAAAUUCAUUCCGUCAAACAUAAAAUAGAAGUGUUCUCUUGAUUGCUAUUUAUUCAUUGCCAUUUGUUGCUGUCAAACCGGUUUUCUGUUAUAGGAAUAAUGAGUCUGCAGUCCAGAUUAUAACAAUAAAAUGUAACUCGACCAUAUGUUAAUUCUGCAUGUUCAAGUCAUUGUCCAAGCAUGUGAUAUCUGGAGAAGUAUGUAGAUAUUUUGUAGUAACAUACUACGAAAUGUUUACAUUAAACCAUGUUGUAAACCAUUCUAUAUUCAAAUAUAAGUAGUAGUGUCCAACUUUGCAAAAGCUGAUGUUUUUCCAUUUUUGAAAUCAAUGAUAAUUUUCUAGAUAGAAAAUGGUUUUGAUAUACUGAAUUCUUUUCCAGGUAUGAAAUAUUUGAUGUUUUUAUUUUUAAAGUUUAAAAUGACAGUCUUUGUUCCAGAUAUUGGAGUCUUCAUUGAUAUCCCUUAAACUUUGUAAAUAUUAGAGUAUAGACAGGUAGCCUUGUGCAAUAAACCGGAUUAACAGUGACUAUUGAUUUCAAUAUAGUUACUGUGUAUGUAGAAAAUUACAAUUUCUUUGCUAUAUAUGUGUAUAAAGUACAUAGUAUAUCAUAAUAUUUUAUUCCAGUGACGGCAUAGCCAUGCAUUCAAUUUUUUGAAAACUAUUUUUCUUUUUUUUUUAAGCAUUUUUUUUAUAUCUAAUCCAAUUCAGAAAUAUCGCCAACUUAAUAUUUUCUUAAGGUAGGUAAGUAUGUACAUGUGAAUAGACUUUAGUAUAUUACAAUUAUUAUUGGAUUUUAUUGGUGAUGUUCAGGUGACUCCACUUGGUCACUUUCAUCUGACAAACUAAACAAAUAAAAUCUAGGACCAAUUGUAAUAUGUGAAAGUGUAUGAACAGGAUCAAUGCCUUGUUUUCAUGUUCCUCUCGCAGAUUUCACUGAACAAACCAUUUUUUAACACGCCAAAUGAUUAUCAAAAUGUGAUGAGGUAGUUUAACAUGUUUUUUGCCUUAUUGGUAAGAUCUAGAAACAAAUACAGGGACAUUUAUUUGAAGUACAUAAAACCUAAUUUAUUAUCCAAUGAAAAUGUCAAGAUUGUUCAAUUAUACCUGAUGUGCAUAUUACUGCACUACAUUGUAUUCAUGAUUUGUUUUAAUUCGAUUGAUUUUGCCUUGGUUUCUUGUAUGUCAAAGUACAUGCAGAUGGAUUUUGUAAGCUAUACAAUGAAUGGUAGGAGAAAUGAAAGAAUUUGUUUAUGAAAUGUAAUGGGUUGUAUAUAAUAUAUAGUGUAUAAGCCUGGAAUAACCAUCGUGAUUUGUUAUAAAUUGAUGCUUUGUAUUUUAAAUUGCAACUGUUGUGAACAUUUUGGUAGCAAUGAUGUUAUGCUUGCUGGAGACACCAUCAGAUUGAACAAUAUCAAUAUGGACAUCACUAUGUGUUUGGGCAUUUAGAUGUUUUUUUGCAUAAUCAAACUCUGUCUCAGACUUGUUCUAUGUACACAGCUGAUAGACUGGGUAUUCCCGAUAUUCUGUGACAGGGACCUGAUGGCUGACAUCCACAUCAGUUGUAUUAGAUAUGGUCAUUAUCUGGGUAAUAGUCAUAUCUUUAACUGGUGGGAUAAUCUCUCAUCAUGCAUAUUCUUCCCUGCUGCAGCUGAUAAUCCUCUACUCAGAUAUAGUCUUAGCGUUCAAAUACUCUCCGAUGUUAGAGCCAAAUCUGCCAUGUUUCAAAUUGUAUAAGGGACUAAAUUUUUGAAAGAUAUGAUUAAUUUGAACAUGUUAGACUUAAAUAAACAGAUGAAAAUAUAAAAGUUUUUUGACAGAAAGUAACUGGUUUGGUAAAGUCACUGAGAACAUGGUAUUUCAAACAAAAGUAGCACCUUUUUGAUGUCUAGAUUAGGCUUUUAAUUUCAUACAUAUGUUCUCACCACUGCAUGUUACUUAGAUAUCUUAGAGUAGUAUUUAUAUUUUAACGUCACUUUAAUUGUGAUGAAAUUAUCUGAGGAAAGGAAUUGGUAAUGUGAAAAGAUCAUCUCACCUCACAAAUAUAUAUGUAGUAUGUAAACGUUUGAAUAAAGAUUGAUAUAGGUACUUA